CGGCGGCAGAAGGCCCGGUUCAGCCGGGAUCUGACGUGGCUGCUGUUCCUCCGGCCCGUCCCGUCCCUCAUCCAGGAGGGCCCGCAGUGUGGCUUGGUGGCCCUUUGGAUGGCCGGUGCUCACCUCGGCCUGUCUUCGGAGGUUCCCCUGGAGAGAAUUCGGCAGGUGGCUUUGGAGAGAGGCUACACGGCACAAGGAGAAAUGUUCUCAGCUGCUGACAUGGCCAAGCUGGCUGAGGAGGUCUUCCCCUGUAAAACAGAGCUGCUCUCUGGAGGCCUGCAAGGACAGAACCAUGAGAGGAUUCUUCAACAUCUCAGGGCUGGCUUCCCUGUGCUGAUACCCUACGACGAGGACUACAACCACGAGCCCUGCCUCCGGAAGGGCUACAAGGCUCACUGGGCUGUCGCCUCUGGAGCUCUGCUUGGUCUGAAGAGUAACUUCCGCCUGCCUGCCUGCCAGGAAGACGAAGACAUCCCGGGGCUCUUCCACGCCAGCCACACUGCUUCAGCCAUCCCUUUGGAGGCCGUUGCCGAGACCUACUUGCUGUCAAAGCAUGGCAAGAGCUGCCGCUACCAGCUGUGGAGCUAUGCUCAGAUACAGGAGAGCAACGGCCAGCUGACGGGCUUCAGUCCCCAGCGGGCAGCCGACGGGAAGGUGUACAUUGUGCCCGCAGGGGGCGUGCGAGAGGGACUGUGUGGACAAGCGGUGCUGCUGCGGCCAAAGGCAUGAGGGCGCUCCGGUGGCAUCAAGUUGGCACUAGCUUUGCAGAAGCACCAUUGGGCUGUUAAAGGGUCUUAGAGAAACGCAUGGGAACUGCUGACAUUUAGCAAUGCCUUGAGACAGGGACAUUAGGAGGCGAGAAAAAGAGGUGUCCUCCCUUCAUGCAAAGCUCCAGGACGCCUGAACAAGGUUGGGGAGAGACAAGCUUAUAUUUGGAGCUCACUUAUGCCAACCAACCUGGCAUUAGAACUUUGUGUUUCAAGAGAAGGAAGAAUGGAGGAAAGGCUUUAGCUUAAAUUUCCUCUUUUUGCCUUUAGAAAUUAGAAUAGCUUACUGUUCUGAUUAUAAAUGAAACCAACUUUGAAACUAAGCAGGGGGGAAUAGAAAUGCCGGUGUGAAAGUCAAGUGACGGCCUGCCUUUUCACCCUGUGCUGGUGUUAAUAAAGAGUGCGGCUCUCUGUGA